GCAAAACUGAUUCAGUCGACACAGUGCAGGCCUACCGGGCCACAGUGCAGCAGAAGAUUUCAGUUUGGUGGACAGCAAGGAGAAAGGUCCAAAGAUGCUAGCUGAAUUAUUUUCAACGUUUACUCCAUUAAACUGGAUAAUAUUUUCAUCUCUUCUACUUUUCACCAUUAUCUGGUGGCGCAGCAGAGCUAAGAACCUACCACCAUCUCCAGGCAUUAGCUUGCCAAUUAUUGGCCACUUGUAUAUGUUAGAUGCUAAAAAUUCCAGAAAACAGUUCCAAGAAUGGAGUGAAAAAAUUGGUCACGUGUUCAGUUUUCGUAUGGGGGCAAAAGAUUUUGUUUUCAUUAAUGAUUAUGAGCUGAUAAAAAAGUUGACCAUUAAACAGGCUGACACGUUGACGGGAAGAACAACUGUUGAUUUACUAGGUGUCCACGUACCCACGAGAAACAAUGGACUUGUCUUUUCGUCAGGCCCACUAUGGAAGGAACAAAGAGCAGUGGCGUUGACCAUCCUAAGAAAUCUCGGCAUGGGGAAAAACAUACUCGCUGAUAAAAUUUCCGAGGAGGUUUCUGUAUAUCUGAAAGAGUUGUCUUCGUUGAAUGGCGAACCGUCUGACAUUAAAACACUGACAAACAUGAGCGUUUCAAAUGUCAUUUGUUCUGUGAUUUUCGGCCAAAGAUUUCAAUUUGAUGACCCGCAAUUUAAGAAAAUCGUAGGUCUCUUUAAUUUAUUGUUGGAAUACAGCACGUCUGUGAAUAUUAUUAACAUUAUACCUUCUCUGAUAUAUUUGCCUUUUGAUUUCUUCGGAGCGAAAAAGUUAUUGAAUACGAUACAUGAGGUUCAAAGAAACAGCGAAUUCAUGGUUGAAAAAAUCGGGAAAAAAUUGGAUCCUGAAAAUGUUGAUAAUUUUAUCGUGGCAUACAUUCAAGAGAUGAAGAAAAAACAAAAAUCCGGCCAGCCGACACAUUUAAGUUAUGAAAACUUAGCUCGGUGUAUUGAUGAUCUUUUUAUCGCAGGGACUGAGACAACAAGUACAACAAUCUUAUGGUGUCUGCUGUACUCCAUUCAUCAUCCAGACCAACAAGAGAAAGUUUACCAGGAAAUUUUAGAGAAGGUUGGAACAGAACGAACCCCUAAUAUGAUGGACAGACAGAACUUGAAAUACUUGAAUGCUUUUAUCAUGGAAACACAGAGAAUCGCUAACAUUGCGCCACUUGUCCUUUAUGAGUGCAUGGCUGAUACAAAUUUCGAAACAUACACCAUACCAAAAGGGACGCAAAUUAUUUCAAAUCUUGACUCCGUGUUAAGGAACAAAAAAAUUUGGGGAGAUCCGGAAAAUUUCCGACCGGAAAGAUUUAUUGAAGUUGAUGGCAGCCUCCAAACUCCUGACGAGUUUAUUCCAUUUUCUGUGGGUCGCAGAGUUUGUCUAGGCGAGUCUCUGGCCAAGAUGGAACUUUACCUCUACAUGGCGUCUUUGUUUCAGAAGUUCAAGUUCCUGCCUGAAGAUGAGAACAAUUUACCUUCACUACAGGACACCGUUGGUAUCACAUCACCACCCCUUCCCUACCGCAUCCGAGUAAUUCAGAGACUGCAUUAAUUUCGUGUAGUAAAGCCAGAACUACAUCCCUAUAGCUUUACACGUUUUUACAAGUUUGUACUGUCGUUGCAGUAUAUUGUUUUGGAAAACUUUGAGAUUUAAGAAUACGUAAACAUCAUGCUUUUUUUAAAUCUCGCCAACACUACGGAAAUAUAUUGAUCGACCUUAACUUGAUUUUAUACAAACAAUGCACAUUACUUAAAAAUAGUUCAUUUUGUAAUCUCUUUAUCUAUUCAUUUUAUACAAAUAUUUUGCAUGAUAUUUAUAUUACAUGCACUAAAUAUGUCUUUAUUACAGUGUAUGGGAUGAUUAAUAUAGGUAACACACAGCUAAACUGUUUACCGUUAAAUAAAGCUUUAAUCUACACAAAUAUAUAAUAUAGUGAGCACUUUCGAUGACAGAAUGUUUUGUAUACGAUAGUUGUUCACCGUCUGUAAAUACAGUCAGGCAUCUGGGGAGUGAGAGUUUAGCAAACAAUGUUAUUUCCUAUAUAAUCACUUUUUUAUCCACAUUAAAUUAAUCAAGGAAAAAGCAAAAAAUUACAAACAAGCUUAUUGAUUUUUAUUGAUUUAAUGUUACCAAUCAAGUUGAAGGCCUGUUUAUGUAGAUUUUUAAAUAGCUUUAUUUAAAGAUAUUUUUAAUGAGCAUACAUUAGAGAUUGAAAUAUGUCAAGAUUAUUUUAAUAAAUAUGGAAAAUAAAG